AUGUCAACACAGACAUACUUAGAUGAAAUUAAAGAUAAAUUAUAUGGUGAUUCCACAGUCGCAAAAAUUUGGGGAGUUGCCUUGCCUGCUUUGAGCGAGCAAAAACCAAGGACUGAAUUUCCUGACUACUCUAAAGGGAGUAGAUAUUCGACCAAAGAUGUUGACUAUUGGACUUCCGGCUUCUUCCCGGGUUCUCUUUAUACAUUAGUUGAGAGAAAUGACAAAUACCCUGACUACUUUCCUUCUGAAAAAAUUCAUCCAGUUAAAUUAGAAUAUGCUGCCAGAUGGUGGUCACAUCCUUUGAAAUCUAAAGCAACAAAGACAGAUAAUCAUGAUAUAGGUUUUAUGAUGGAACCUUCUUUCAACAAAGAGCUUGAGCAUAGUGGAGAUAAGGAAUGCAAGGAUAUACUCAUUACUGCAGCAAAUUCUCUUGCUACUAGAUUUGACGAUAAAGUUGGCUGCAUUAGAAGCUGGGAUGAUUUCUUCGGUAUAUGGCCUUCUUCAUAUGAAAAAGAAUUAAUCGUUAUUAUUGAUAACAUGUGUAAUUUAAAUUUGUUAUAUCGUGGAGCCCAAUUAAGUGGUGACUUGCGCUUAUCUACAAUUGCCACUACACAUGCAGAAACAACUAUGAAAAACCACUUCAGGGAGGACUGGUCGUCUUAUCAUGUUGUUGUUUAUGAUAGAGAAACAGGAAAUGUAUCAAAGAAGCAUACUGCACAAGGUUAUGCCGAUGAAUCACCUUGGGCAAGAGGCCAAGCUUGGGGAAUAUUAGGUUACGCUGAGGCAUAUUAUUUUACUAAGAAUCAAAAAUUUUUAGACACUGCAAAAAGAAUCGUUAAAUAUUACUUGUCCCAAUUACCUGAAGAUGGAGUUCCCCCAUGGGACUUCCAUGCUCCUGAUAAACAUAUACGUGAUGUGUCAUCAGGUAUGGCCGCUGCGUUUGGUAUGCUUAAAAUCUAUGAAUAUACUAAAGAAGAACAAUAUUUAAAUAGUGCAUUGAAGCUUGUUUUCAAUUGUACUAGACUCUGCUUUAAUGAAAAAUCAAUUCUCCACGAGGACGGUACUGUUGAUCUUGGUAAUACAGAUACUAUCUUGAACGGAUCAACCUUUAACAAUAAUCCAGAUGCUCCAGAAGAACAUAGAAUGUCAGAUCAUGGUUUAGUUUAUGCUGAUUAUUACUUUUUGAUGAUAGGGAACAAAUUAUUAGAAUUAGGCCUUUACAAAUAG